CUCUCUCUCUCUCUCUCUCUCUCACACACACUCUCACUCACUCACUCACACGCGUGCACACAUACACAAGACUAGUGCGCACACACACACAGACACAUAGGGGCUCACUCGCUCGCGCUGCCGCUCAUUUGCUUGCUCACACUCGCCGUGGCCGGCGCAGGGAUGCCAUGCCGCUGCCACCGAUGCCGAAGCGGCGCUCGUAGGGGCGAUGCAAUUCUGCAGAGAGUACUUCUGCCAGCCGUGUAGCGCCGCUCUCACGUCGCCCGAGGAGGACAUGGAAUACGGGAUGGGGAGCUGCAUCGGAGUCGCGCGCAGCCAGGCUGAAGUUCACACAGAGGGAUCUGCACCGGAGGAGAGGGACGGCAGCAGGGCGGAGAACGGGACCGUCCACACCUCGCUGCCCACCGCCGCCCACGGGGAGGACGCGGCGCCGACGCGGGGCAGCCCGUCGCCACGGCCAACACGCCCCUCCGCCACCGCCGCGGACGGGGAGGAGUUUGAGUUUCCGCAUGACCUGCUGCCCAGCACCGACCUCAGCACCGAGCUCGACCUCUGGGGCACAUCUCUGGGGAGUGAACAGGUGAGCUCAGGUGGAAUGAAGAGUGAGACAGUGACACUGUCUGGCCCAGCGAACCCUCUCUUGGCUGGGCUGCAGCACUUCGUGGAUGUGAGCGCGCCGCUCCUGGGCAUUGUGAAGAGCAGCCCGCAGAGUGACCCAGUUCUCAGCGGCAGCCCCCCGCUCCCGACCGGCUCUCCCUCUCCGCUUGCGCAGGAACAGCAGCCCACUCCGCCCCUGUCCUCCUCCGAGCAAAUUAACUUGGAGCUCCAAGCCGCCUUCCAGGAAUGCGAGCAGCAAAUGGCCUCGCUCGGAAUGUCCUGCCAAGCGGCAGACACGGCAGCAGCGCCCGGCCAAGCCGCUGGCAGGUAUCCGCCGUCCGAGGCCGCGACUAAAAAGGAAGGGAAGAGAAAGAGAAGGAAGAAGAAAGGUGUGAGUCAGAAAGUGGCAGCGGCCCAGCCGGGGCGUGAGACAGAUCUCCAAGGCAACGGUGGAACUCAGUCAAGCAGCGAGGCUACUGGGCAGGAGGAGCCGGUCAAUUUCAGUUUCAAAAGCUACAUUUUGGGCCACGAUAAUGGCAGCGAACGGGACAAAGAGCCUAAAGAUUCAAAGGUGAGUGGAGACACAGCAGAACAAGGGGCGGCCUGUCUGCCAGGGACUGAGAUAGGAUCAGAGGCUGAAACAAAUGCAGUAUUGAAACAGGAACAAACUGAUGUUUGUUUACAGCCAGAGACUGCGGAAAAGCCCUGUAGCACCACAUCAGAGGGAAUGCAAACUCACGACUCAAAACUACCUGCGAAAACAGAUGGACCUCUGGCAGUAGUAGAGGAAAAAGAUGAGCCUGUGCAGAGAAGUGUAGGCAGCAAAGCCAGUACAAGCUUUCCCCCAGACUUUGCUCCAGUGGAAGACAGCCUUCCGUGCAACACGGAGCCCAAGAAAGAAGAGGAUUUGGUGAAGCGCUCGGAGACAGACAACACGGCAGCUGUGGGUGAGCUGUCACAGGUUGAGUCAAAGCAGCUCUCGGAAGCAAACCUCUUCCCAGAGACAGAGACAGCCUCCCCAGCAGACCCAGCCCUGUGUGUGGACACACGUGUUGACGAGCAGACUCAGUCACGGGCCGAGACGCAGACACAGCAUGCGCUGGCACAGACAAGCAACGCUGAGACAAAAGACGACAAAUUGCCCGGCGACAUCGCACAGUCCCCCGAGGCGAUGGGGUCAGAUUUAGAGGAACAGCUGAGGGCCCAGAGGGAGGGGGGCGACAUCUGCCCCCCAUCGCCAACCUCCGUGUCCACCCUGGCUCAUAUUACCCUCCCUGAGAGUUCACCUGCCCUCUUAUUGGCCUCCGCUCCGGAGCUGAACCAGCCAGCUGACCACAGCCAGACAGAUGGGUCUCGCACAGACACAUCAGAGCCGGAAACCCCACCCUGCCGCGACCGGUCAAUAGCUGGGGUGGGAAAUGACCAUAGCGCGGCGAGAACAUCUGCCUCCGAGACUGCGCCGAUUGAUCCGAGCUGUCCCGGAGCUGCCGAUGAACAUAGGACUCCUGAGGGAUCACAGCCAUUGACAUGUACGACACAUCAGAGCAGCGGCACACUUCCUGUGAAGUCGGAAGAUGAGUCAGACGCCCACAAAGAAAGAUUAGACAGCCAGUGUCAGGUCGAAGCACAGCAACAAGACCCAAGUAAAGCAUUUGCGUUUAACCCAGAGAGCACAGGACCCCACAACCAAGAGAAAACACUCACAAAGGAUGGCACACCUUUAACUCACCCACCAAAGGAAGCACCCAGUGAUAACCAGGCGGACAGCAGUUCUAUUAGCCCACCUGCCCAGCUGCAAAUAGAGCAGGAAGAGAAAGAGACUCUGAAUAAAGAGCAAAUGCCCUCCCUGGACCCGCUAGCUCUCCUCCAGGUCCAGGGCACUGUGGGCAACGAGCAGGAGGAGAAGGCGAGCGCCCUCAAAGUGGUUUCUGCGGAGGCUGCUGCUGCUGCUGCUGAUUCCGCCGCGUUGCCACUGACAACACCCACGAUGCCAGAAAUGAUAGAAAGCGAGGGAGAGCGAGAGGAGGCGAGAGGCGAUUUGAGCGAGGCGGACGCAACACUAAAAACUGUGUCAGAUACGGAGGCAGCAGUCGGAGCUUCGUCUCGAAGUGAGUCGCACGAGCCUCCGAUCCCGACACGAGAGCGGGAGGAGAGUGAAAGCCUCCCUGUCAAGCAGCCCGAGCCCUCGUUAAUCUACUCUCAGAUUAAUUGCUCACCUGCAUUGAAAGCGGAAGAGAAGGAAACUGCCCUUAACAGUGUCUGUAGCAGCAGCAGCAGCAGCAGCAGUAGCGGCAAUAGCAGCAACAAAAGAGGCUGUAGCGGUAACAGCCAACUGCCACACAACUCAGUGGAGAGUGAGGAGAAGGGAGGGGGACAGCCAGCAAACAGCUCCCCAGGGACCGACGCGCUCUCACCAGCUGAGGAAGGAGAGACUAAAUCACUCCCGACGGAACACCAGAUCCUGACCAGCGCCAGCACUGACCCUCCAGGGCUUCAGAGAGGACUCACCAGCAGCCAGGAAGAUAGCGCAGGAAGAUUGGAGAGAGUGGGAGAGAGGGAGGGAGAGAGACUGACAGAAAAGCAGGAGGAGGAGGAGGAGAAGGAGAGGGGGGAGCAGAGAGGAGGUGGAGCGGAGACUUCACUCAGACAGCCAGCAGUGGGUCCGGCCAGCGGGGUGUCACUGACGACGACGACAGCGACAGACACAGAGACGUGUCCGCUCCGCGACGCUGCCACAGAGCCACAGGCAGAAUCGCACCACCACCACCACCACAACCACCACCACCACCACCACCACCAACACCGCCGGAGCAGCGGUGAGCUCAUCGCUGUCAUCUCCGCCGAACAGGGCUCUCUCCCUCCUCCUCCUCCUCCUCCGCUGGCUGGUGGCGCAGGCAGCUCGGACUCGUCCAAUCACUCUCCGCUUCCCCCGGCUCUAACAAACUCUGCCGAUUUGCAGAAAAAAGAAGCAGAAGGGGAGCGAGAGGCUGAGUUGAAUCGGUGCCUGAGCACAACAGCAGAAAAGGAGGGGCUAUUCAGUGCCGCUCUGCCACCCAGAGAGGAGGCUGGAAUACAGAGGGCUUCUUCAGUCGGUGCCGGCCAGCAACAGGUAGAUCAGCCUCUCAGCGACUCGACGCAGCCGCUACCGGACGCCGGGGGCCCGCAGCCCCCCGAGAGCACGACGUCGAUAGCGCCGCCGCAGCCUGGUGAGCCUCAGGCCAGCAUGUGGGAGACUAUUGGCAGCUACAGCAGCGCGGGGAGCAUCUUGAAGGCGAAAGACGGGAGACGCUCGCCGGCCAUGCCCACCGUUGCCAACGUCACGCCGGUGGUGUGCGCCUCCUUGCCUCCGCUGAUGGUGCACGAGAGCCUGCGCCACCCGGUGACGGAGACCACCUUUGGCCUCCAGGAGUACUUGGGGGCGCAGAAGCCUGAGGUGGUGCCCCCUCAAACACAGCCGCAAACAGCGGACAAGAACCUCAAGGCGCUAAAGGAACCUCAACGCGAGAGCAGUGCAGAAAAAGAGCAUGGAGCGACAGAGAAGGAGAAGCAGCCUGGAGGUGAAACAGCGAGUGCUGGUCUCGCGGAGCCCAGCCAGCAGCCAGACAAGCAGGCAGCAGAGUCAGCUUCCUCUGCUGAAAAGACAGGAGGGGCACCGGACGCACCUCUGCCUGCUUCUCGGGAGAAAGGAAGUCAGGAAGUGUGCGUCGAUGUUUCACUCAAAGCUCAAAGUCAAAGUGCUGACUCUUCCAAGGAUGGUGCUGAUGGGGGUCAAAGGUCAGAUGCUAUAGAGGUCACAGGUGAUACGGCAGCUGACCGCAUGACUGGUUCAGAAUACAGCAUGAGCCAAGGGGAUAUAGCAUGCCAGGAAAGAGAAGAAAGCAAACAUGAGGGAGAUUCUGAAUGUCUGAAGAAUAGCAAUGAGCAGAAAGAGGAAAGUGAAAAAGCAGCUGAUGUCGUCGGGUUGAUAAAUGAUGGUGUUGAAAGAGCAGUCGGCAAAAAUUCAGAAAGCACUGAUGGGUUAGUAAAUGAUGCCGUGAUUAAAGAAAUCCCUGAAGAAAGAAAGCUUGCUGUUCAGAACUCAGACAGUAUGAAUGUGCAAAAUGAAGAGAGCCAGCAAAAAGUAGAUAAUGAGAAUGUGAAUACGGGUGAAAUGAUAGGAAAUGAUGCUGUAUCUAUAUGUGCUGAUGCUGACAGCCUGGCGGGGCCUCAAAAGGAAAGUAGGAAACACGAGGGUGAAUCUGCAAAUUUGGCCAGCGAUCAAUUAAACCGGGGGCCAGGCUCGGAGUCAUCAACAAUGGUGCCAGCGGAAACAGCCCCGGCUGAAUCAGAGUCUGUUAAGUGUGAUUUACAGCCUGUCUCCUCCGCUGCUGUUGAGCCCAGCGCGGACAGCCCUGCCACAGAUGACGCUCUCAGAAGUCCACCUGACGCUCCCCUGGUUCUGCGACCCUCGGGGGAGGUGACCGCUGACACGCCACCUGUGACCUCCGACGAAUUAGAGACGCCGGUCAUAACCACUGAUGAGACUGAUUCAAUAACGCCGCACAGCGCGGUCAGCCUGCCUAUGCAAAAGCUGGACCCUCUGCCCCCAGCUGGCCCGAGUCUGGAGGCUGUCACAAGCACUGCAGAGUGUCCUGCCCCGUCCUCUACAGACUUCUCUCCCGUGGCUGCCGCGGCUACUGAGCCGGCUGCCGUGCCAACCAUUGUUCUGAAGCCUCCGGGCCCCAUGCUGAGUCACUGGGAGCUUGUAAACGAGUGCGAUAUCACCAGUGCCAGGGAGAAAGAGAGGGAGGAGGAGGAGGAGGAGGAGGAGGGGAGUGGGGGACCGCUGUCCAACACCACCAGCACAUCUAAUGGCCCAUCACGUACGGAGGAGAGGCAGGAUGGAGUUCCGAUGACGCACGCCGUGAUAAGUGAGGAUACAGCCAGCAGGAGUGCCAGGGAUUAUGACUCGGCACAAGGACAGGGGGAAGCGGAGAGAAUCGCUGCUGACGCUCCUUCUCCACCUGUGAAUGCCGUAUCAGAGGAGAGGGAUUCUCGCUCUGCAGCGCACGUCUUCUCCGGCAGCAGCGGUAACGCUGAGGAGAUAAGACCGUGUGGCAGUUUGUCAGGGGGUGGUGGUGCGAAGUCGGCCUGCGACACAGGAAGUCAGCGGUCAGAUGCCACCAGUGAGAGUGUGUCACUCCCUAAUAACAGUCAAACCGAAGACUCUGCAGUCACUUUGCCCAUGCUCCCUAGCAACAGCCAGGCUGAAUACUCAAUGGCUGCAUCCACUGGGAGCAUUCCACUGGUCAGUGGCCCAGACACAAAACCUGCCAGGACAGAGAAACCACUCGAAGAUGAACAGGACUCUUUGGCAAAAGUAAGCAUUUCUGAGAACUCGUUUGAUGACAAAUUACUUGACACCCCUUCAUCUAUUUCAACAGACAGCACAGACACAAAGAGCCACGUAAAAGAGCAGGUUAUGGUGAAUGUUCCAGGCUGUGCUGACCAGCCCCUCAAGGCUGACCUCAUCAUUAGUGGUCAUAGCAUCAGCACCGAGCAACCAGCCAGUAUGCCCUCCAGUAUAAACAAAGAAGCAACACAGCAAGGAAAGGGAGAACUGGAGGAAAACCUGCAAACCUGCACAGGAACAGCGAAAACAAACAGGCUUGAAGCAGAGAGUGUUCAGGGAGUUCAGUCUGAACACAAGCAGGAGGAGGGGGAGAAUAAACAAGCAUGGAUCGUGUUGAAUGAAACCGAGGGAAACCAGACCAACUCAGCCGAGCACCUGGGAGACACACAGGAGAAAAAGAACACACUGGAGAAGCAGGGAGAGACUGAUUCAAAGCAAAGAGAAGGUAGAGUCGAAACACAAACAGAGGAACAGGCGGCAAUGCUUGAAAGCGUUGAGAAUGACAGAAAAGUAAGCACUGAAGAGAAGCAGCGAAACUUGCUGACUCCUGACCAAAGCGAGGAAAACAAACGACCGUCUGACAACAGCUCUUCGCGGGCGGACUCGGACUCUGCCGAACGGGCGGUCAGCCGAAGCGAGGUCUUGAUAGAGUCCGCUCAUCCGUCCUCAGAUCUGAGCUUUUCCUCCUCAGAGUCGCCCGUUGAGAUUCGCUCAGAUAAAACCCUGAGCGAGGCCGACUCAGCACAUGUCCCACAGAUCGACGCUCAGCCCCAAGAUCAACAGGAAGAGAAGCAGCAGCAGCAACAACAGCAGCAUGAUCAACAGAAGCAACCAGAGCCUGAGAGGAAUGUCACAGAAGGGGUGUCGGAGGAGUGUGGAAGUGUGUGUCCUGCGCUGGAUGACCAUCAUGCCUCGCCGCAGCUGGUGGAAGAAACAGCCGAGGCCGGGAGCACCGGGGCCAGCCAGAGACCUUUGGAGGAACAGCUGGAGCAGGUUGAGCCCCGGCGCAGUGAGAUUAACGGUGCAGGAGGAGAGAGAGAGGAGCACGGAGUCGGUGGAGGAGUUGGGGUGCCCCCGACUCUGGAUCUCCCCGUGUCCGAACCCACGGUCAGUCAGGAUCUCUCAUCUGGCGUGGAAGAGAAGGGCUCCGGUGACGUCGCAGCGGAAGAAGAGAGGGAAGAAGGUCAGAAGUCAAAGGUCACAACAACAGUUAAUGAGGGUGAGGAGGUCAAGCUGGAGAGGCAAGAGAACACUGCUGCCUCUGUGUCACAAGGAAGUGACUGUGAACUGGCAGUGUGUGCUGUAUCAUCGCAGGCCAGCGAGACUGAGCGUGAGGAGACACACAUACCUUACCCGAAUAAGGCCACCGAGGCGCCUGUGACAGACACCAGCUCUCCUUCCGUUAACGGCAGUCCCUCUCAAAGAGAGACAGAGCUUCAAACGGACGAGCAACAGCUAUCCAUUCAAAUCACCCACAGCAACAGCAAUAGCAACAGCAACAGUCACGUCAGUCUGGCUUCUAGCACAACACAGGAGGCCUCUGUUCCCAUAACCUUUGAACCCGAGAAGCGGGAAACGGCUCCCAUUCGACCCCCCACUGACCCUCGCUCUGAUUCUCCCAGUGAGGCUCCUCAGCACCCCGUCUUGGACGGCAAAGGCGAGAGUGUUCUCCCUGGGGGAACUGACACAAACGCAGAAAGCUCCUUUAAAGGGGAAUCUGCUGCAGAGCAACAGGCCUGUCGUACUGAGCCUACAGUAGCAUCAGCAGCGCCCACACAGCAGAGCGAAAGUGUUCCGGCAAAACUGGAGCAGCGGGGGGUGGAGGACACGUGCACCCCCCCACCCCCACCCCCACCCCCGACCGAGAAAGCAGACACGGGGGAGCUGGUGCAAAACACAGCUGCUGGCUCCACACAGGAGCUCCCCGAAGCACAGAGCCGCAGCCCGGGCCCAGACAUCAAACAGCAGGCCAGAGCCGGGGAGGCCGAGGCGGCUCCGAACAGCGAGAGCAGGAAGGAAGAGACGGGGCAGAGGGACGCGGAGGAAGACGAUAAGCCGGACGAAAACAGGAAGCUCGUAAAAUCAACCGAGAAUGCCCUCGCUGGCGUCCCGGUGUUGUCCGGCGACAAAGACGUUCUCCCACAGGAAGGCGGAGAGGGAGAGCCCUCUGUGUGUCAUGUCGUCGAGAAGGUGGAGGAGAGCGCAGUACUGUCCACCAAACCAGAGGACGCUGUCUCACGCCAAACAGUCACAGGUGAUGGUCAAGCGGAGGAGGAGCUGGUCACAGACGCUUCUCCUGCCCCAAAAGCCAUCCCAGAGUUCCCCGACGCCAUUCCAGACACGAGUCAAUCUGUUUCCUUGCCAACUGAUCCCCUAGACAGCUCUGCUAGUACAGUCGGUUCUGACUCCAAGUCUGACCCCAAUCAAGGACCCUCAAAAUCUUUCAUUGAAAUGUUGCGUGAAGGUGCUUUGGCCACAGAGCCCUUCAAUUCCACCGAUAGCAAAUCCGAAACCUCAAAUGACGAUCUGAUCUCUGCCCCCAUCACAAGCGACGCGAAUGUAAACAGAGGUUCUGAUAGCAAAGAUGCCUCGGCUCCGGCCCCAGUCUCAGGCCCAGAGCCGAGGGCAGACUCGGCAGGGUCGGCGGGGUCGGCGGGGUCGGCAGGCCCUGGGCCAGAGCGCCAGGCCGAGGAGCCGAGUGGUGGCACAGACUGGCUGAGGGCGCUCAGAGACGCCGCAGCGCAGCAGGCACACACUGCGGACCAAGACCACACAGCAGCAGGCCACUCUGAGAAAAGCACUGGAAGCAGACCGAUUCCGUCCCUGGACUCUCCUCAGGGUGAAGAGUUCUGCACCCCCACUGAAGAGAUCGCCCCUCCUGUGGUAGAACAGGCGGAGGAAGCCCGCUCCGAUUCCAGGUCCUCCUCACCCCCUCUUGUUGAGAGGAACGACUCCGUCCCUCCCUCCCCGAAACCCCCGGCGGACCACCACGCCUUCCCUCCUGCCCUGCCCGCACAUCUCUUCCGGGACGCCGCCGAGUUCCCCACACCUCCUCCCACCCCUCCGGACAGGAACCCCCCAGCCUCGGCCUCUGCCUCGGAGUCGGAGCCCUUCCCUCCCCCUCCUGCAUCUCCUGCACCUCCUGCAUCUCCUCCAUCUCCUCCUCCUCCUCCUCCUGCUGUUGUUGUCCCUGAAGCCCCCUGCGUCCUACCACCUCUACCAUCACCUCCUCCACCACUUUCACCACCUCCAGCCCCAGCCCAGGACAACACAGAGGAGUGGCCGCCCGUCCCCUCUUUUGUCAGGAGCUCUGACUCUGACGGAGCCUUUGAGACCCCCGAGUCCACCACCCCAGUGAAGGUUGCGUCCCCUGUACUGCCCCCUCCUGAAGCAGACUGCUUCUCGCAGCCUCUGCUGUCUGAAGACACCGGUGUGUUCUCUGGCUCAGCCUCUGCGUCAGUAGCGGACGUCACACUCACCGAGGCCGCCGCUGAAGACUCCGCCCACCCGGACAAACUCAGCCGCUCCGACUCCAUCGGCUUCGACGAGAACAAGCCCAUCGCGGCCAGCGGAGCGUACGACCUCGACCGCCUCCUAGCCGAGUCCACUUUCCAGGCGGCGCCGUCCAGCCGGACCCCCCUGGCCCGCUCGCUCAGCCUCCAGGCGGGAGAGCUUGACCAGAGCGCGGGCCCCGACGAUAAGCCCGCGUACGGGUCGGACAAGCUUCUGAACCAGCAGGCUGACGCCUUCAGCGUGGGCACAGGGAGUGCUCCUGGGACUCUCCGCCGGGCCAAGAAAACCCGACCGGGCUCCCUGAAGAAGAAGCCCCUGUCCAGGCAGAACUCCAACCCGGAGAGCACCUCGCCCAAGUCCGUGUCUGCCAACAGCACCCCUGAGGGGAAGAAGAAGGCCAAGCCCAGAUCGGAGAGCCCUCUGCAGGCCGCUGAGGAGCAGUGCGGCCCCUCGGCCACCCCGAGCCCCGGGGGAACUCUCCGGAGGAACCGGGUGAAACCACGAGUGGACAGUCCUCCGCCUCUGGUAGAGGAGACCACGCCUCCCAGCCCUGCCCCUGACCCUCUCCCUGUCCCUGCUGUUGCUGUUGCCGCUGCCCCCCCAACCACCCUCUGUCCAGAGGAGACCCCUCUGCCCACCCCAAAGUCUCCCGUCCCGAACGAAGAAUCCCCCAUCCCACCCUCGGCGUCCUACAAAUGGGACCCGGACAACUUUGAGGACAUCGACCCGUUCGCUACCGGCGGCAGCAAGAUCGCCAACUCGCCCGAGCUCACCAGGAAGACCUUCAGCUCGGGAGUUGAACCGGCCGAGAAGCCCGUACCCGCUUCGUCCGCCUCUGCCGCCGCGGUCGCCAAAGCUCCGGCUGUCCCCGCCGAGGAGACCCCGAUCUCCGUCCCGUCGGUCAGCGCUGCGAGCGCCGAGGAGCAGCCGCUGAACAAGCGCCAGCCCGUCAGGCUGGAGUUCGACUACUCGGAGGAGAGCGGAGAGACUCCUCCUAGCGCCGCCGCGGCCGCCACUGCGCCGCCACCCAAGAAGCUGGGGAAGAAGCCCGGUGCCAAGAUGCCCCUCCGCAAGCCCAAGUUCGGCCUGAAGAAGGCCGCCCCGCCGCCACGGCUGGAGCCGCUGGACAACGCGCCCGCCGCGCCUCCGGCCAACCACGAGGACGACAUUCCCAUCCCCAAGGGGAGCUACAGCUUCGACCCCAACAAGUGGGACGAUCCCAACUUCAACCCGUUCGGGUCGACGCAGAGCGCCAUCCCCAACUCCCCGCGCCUUUCCGAGGGCGGCUACAGUUUCGAUCAGGACGCCAUCGACUCCAUCGACCCGUUCAAGUCCACCAACAAGAUGGCCAACUCGCCACCCAAGCCCUCCACGUUUGACGUGUCCGCUAAUGACAAUGAAAAUGACAAUGACAAUGUCGGGGAGCUGGAGGAUCAAAACCAGAACAAACUAGCAAAGAAGAAGAAACCAAUCAAGUCCAACACGUUUAGGGUCAAGAGGUCACCAAAGAGGUCCCCAAUGACUGACCCAGCCACCCAGGAUCCUCUGGAUCUGGACUCUCCUGACCCCCCUCCUGCCCCCACACAGGACCACGCCACGGACGAGGAGAAGCUGGCCUCCUCCACCAACCAGAAGUGGGCCGCGCGCCACGACGUGGAGGCAGAGCUCACCUCCGACGUCCAGGACUACCCGCAGCCCUCCGACCUGACAGCGUUCGUCAACGAGAACAACAGGGCGGCGCAGGACAAUGCGACAGACUAUGAGAUUGAAUACAUGGAGAAGAUUGGCACUGGCACGCCUCCUCCGUCCUCAAAGAAGCCGUCUCUCUACCUAAAGCUGGACUCUGUGACUGAGAGCCCAAGCAAGAGUUCUGACAUGCAAGGGUCAGAACCAAGCUCCCCCUGCACAGGGAGCUUUGAGGAGAUGGAGGCCCAGAUCACGGCCAGCUCCAAGUCGCCGGUGCUGUCCACGUCGCGCACGGCCCCUGAAGGCUCCGCCUCUGAGAAGAGCCGGAAGAGAGAGAGCGAGUCGCACUCGCACGCCACGGAGCGGGACGGAGCGCAGCCCCACACGCAGGUCGCUGCAGACCCCUCCACCCUCCCCCUCUUAGACAGGCUGUCUGAUUCAGGCGAGCAGCUCAGCUAUAUGGAGCCUGACCUGGCCGAGACCAACCCCACCGCCUUCGCCCAAAAACUCCAGGAGGAGCUGGUUCUUGCUGCCUUGAGGAUGGAGGCUCUGCAGGUAGCCAAAAGCAUCUCUCAGAGCCCCUCCCUAGCCAAUGUAUCCCCCAAACAGUCUCGUCUCAAGAAGCCCAGCACUCGGAGGUGGAAUCGCAACGGUUCACCCGCAGCAAAAAGGGAGGUGUCGUCGCCUGGGGAGAAUGUGGUCUCCAAGACCUCCCUGUACUCGCGGCCUGGAUACGGUGAGGGAGAGAGCCCCUACCUGCCCCGGGAACUGGAUCACUCCCUGGGCAUCGCCCGAGAGGAGAUCGUGGGCAAAGAGAAGGAGGUGCUGGAGUGGAAGAGGAAAUACGAGGAGAGUCGACAGGAAGUGGUGGAAAUGAGGCGGAUUGUGGCCGAGUAUGAGAAGACCAUUGCACAAAUGAUCGAGGAUGAUCAGAGGGACAAGUCGCUGUCACAUCACACCAUCCAGCAGCUGAUCGUGGAGAAGGACCAGGCUCUGGCUGACCUCAACUCUGUGGAGAAGUCACUGGCCGACCUCUUCCGGCGCUACGAGAAGAUGAAGGACGUGCUGGAGGGCUUCCGGAAGAAUGAGGAUGUUUUGAAGAAGUGUGCUCAAGAGUAUUUGGCACGAGUCAGGAAAGAGGAGCAGAGAUACCAAGCCCUGAAAAUCCACGCAGAGGAAAAACUUGACAAGGCGAAUACGGACAUCGCUCAGGUGCGGUUGAAGGCCAAACAGGAGACGGCGGCCUACCAGGCCAGUCUCAGAAAGGAGCAGAUGAAGGUGGACUCACUGGAACGCACACUGGAACAGAAGAACAAAGAAAUCGAGGAGCUCACAAAGAUCUGUGACGAGCUGAUCGCCAAGAUGGGGAAGAGCUAGCCAGGGUGACGGGAGCAAGCGCCUCUGCCUCCUCCUGUCACACACACCGUCCAGGAACAUCUCAGAAACCACAGAGGCAGAAGAGCCCCACAUCCCGCGCUGUUUCCUUCACACUGUUGGCAAACAGACUCGAGUCCUUUUUGAUUUCUGAUUUUACACUACUGACUUUGCUCAUGUAGCCUGGCAACAGCGCCCCCACUGGGAAUGGGAGGACUUCUCUGAGAGUGGGGAGUCCAGUAUAUCCUACUGUAAUUAAUCUGUACAUUUUGAUGUCUCCAUGUGUACCAAGGGGUGACUUGGUGCGUCGGGGGGAGGGAGGGGAGGGACUUGUGCUGUAUCAGGGGUCUUGUGAAAGCUUUUAGAAAUGUACUCCCCAUCAGUAGAAAUGUUGAAUGAGAGUUUGCCUGUCUGUGUGUGAGUGAGUGGUGGACAAGAGAGAAGGCAUGCUAGAGAGAGAGAGAGAGAGAGAGAGAGAGUUAGAGAGUGUGUGCGAACGAGUCUGAGAGAAUGAUGUAGUGAUGAGGUUGCUCGCCAACCGUGUCGCCAUGACGACCACUGAUGGAGCCGACUGUUAACCCCUCUAGCUCCUGCAUUCCCUCCUUGUUGAGGAGGCUGCCUGAAAUGCCCGAGAAACAUACAGUAGUAGAUGUCGAGGAACCACGACGACACUCAUUUAGACUGCUAAUCAACGAUUCAUUCAGUGAUCAUCAAAAGAGCCACUUGCCACCAUAAGAGAGAUCAUUACUUGCAUGUGAUAGAACCAGUAUCCACACAAUACCCACGUCCCUCUUUGUACAUAUUGUAUUGGGCCUCCCAUUGAGUAGAGACAUUAUGGAACCCCACCUGCUGGUUUUGAUACACUCUGUAAGUUUUAAACCACUUCCCGUGUGUACCUUUGUAGAUACUGUGCAUUUACAUCCUUCCUGGCUUCUUAGCAGAUACCGAUGUGAUUUUUAUUUUUUCCGGGGGAUUUUAUUUUGAUAUUAAUGAACCUUAUUAUGGGUAUUGUCAAUGGUACUGAUUUUAAAGAAGUGUAAUUUAAUUUGGAAUCGACUUGUCUUAGUCCUGCUACGGUUGAUGUGUCACCUGGGGCUGGGGAACAGCCCUGAUCAGCUACUUUGGCACCUGCUUACAAAAAAAAAAGUGCAAUAAAGGAUGGCAAUAAA